CCUGCCAUCAGCUGCCGCCACUGUAAACACUGGCUGGUCUUACUCAACACCACACCUAACAUAACUAGCCUUUAAAAUCAAUUCCAGGAGGGGCUGAGAAGAUGUCGCUUGACACAGAAGAGCAGGAUGAUGAACUCCUUGCCUUGGCCAGCAUCUACGAGGACUCCUUCACAUCAGUACAGGACCAAGAGGCCGACCCAACGGAAACACAGCAGGACUUUAGUCGAGGGGGAGAGUUGGCCAUCUGUCUUGAGCUGCCUCCAGAAUUUGGCCUAUUGACAAGGCACAAUGGUGAUAAUGGUGAGAUGCAGGAACAGAGACACGUGGUGGAACACUUGCCGCCCAUCUACCUUCACUUCACCUACCCGGCCACUUACCCCUCCAAACACCCUCCAAGUUUUACCCUCUCCUGCAAGUGGCUUAACAGAUCUCAGUUGACUCUUCUCUGUCAACAACUGGAUAAAUUAUGGGCAGAAAAUGAAGGCUGUGUUGUGAUGUUUACCUGGGCGCAGAUUCUCAAGGAUGAGAGUCUCGAUCUCCUCGGGUUGACAGACACACUGGACCUGGAUAACAUAAGACCCAUUCGGCAGCCAGCUAGUGUAACAAAUGACUGUGGUCUGGUGGCAGCUGGUAAUGGCCAUGGGGACACUUGUGGUGCUAUCAGUAAAUCCUUUGGGGAUGUGACAUGUGAUAAUAGUGUGAGUGAUAGUAAUAAUGGCGGUGGUGACAGUGAUGGCGGAGCUUCGAGUCUGUCCCUGUCCAGACAAAAUAGUCAGAACUACGACAGUCGAACUAUUCAAGACAUUGCUCCUAAGACGAACAUGCUGAGGCUCCUUAGAGAUUAUGAUGAAGAGAUGAGAAGGCAAGUGUUCGGUACUAAGAAUUUCGAGUGUAAGGUUUGUUUCGCUGACAAACUCGGGACGAACUGUUUGGAGUUCUGGCCGUGCCGACAUGUUUACUGCAAGGACUGCAUGGCGUCGUACUUCACCGUGCAGAUCAGUGAGGGGAAUAUACAGUUCCUCAGAUGUCCCGAAAUUAAGUGUGACUCUGAGGCUAAUCCUAAGCAGGUGCAGGAGUUAGUUCCCGAAGACCUGUACCAGAAGUGGGAUCAGAUGUUGCUCAACUCUACGCUCUCUUCUCUGGGUGACAUUCAGCCCUGUCCACGUUACCACUGUCAGUACCCUGUCACCAUUGAGGAAGGGCAGGGGCAGUGUCCCUCCUGUAAAUUUGUCUUCUGUGGAAUAUGCAGGUUCGGUUGGCACGGCGUCGAUCCCUGCCGCUUGAAACACAGUGAGUCUAGAAAGAUCAUGGAACUUUACAUUAAUGGGGAGGAAUCCGAGAGAAAACUCUUGGAAGAUCAGUAUGGCAAGAAGUACUUAAGUUUGCUACAGGACGAGUACCUCUCUCUCAACUACCUGGAGAAGAACUCUAAGAAGUGCCCAAGGUGUCAAGCUAAAAUAGAGAAGAUAGAUGGAUGCAACAAAAUGACCUGUCAGAGAUGCAGCAUAUACUUCUGCUGGCUGUGUAUGUGUAUGCUGAACAAGGCACGGCCCUACGAGCACUAUAAUGAUCCCCACUCGCCCUGCUUUAACAGCCUCUUCGCUGGGAUGGCCGAGGAUGACGACAUCUGGGAUGAUUCUGACGACGAGAUGGGUGCGCUCCUGGAGUGACUGGUGGUGUUGAGAUGUGCGCUCCUGGAGUGACUGGUGGUGUUGAGAUGUGUGCUCCUGGAGUGACUGGUGGUGUUGAGAUGUGUGUCCUUGUGGAGUGACUGGUGGUGUUGAGAUGUGUGUCCUUGUGGAGUGACUGGUGGUGUUGAGAUGUGUGUCCUUGUGGAGUGACUGGUGGUGUAGAGAUGUGUGUCCUUGUGGAGUGACUGGUGGUGUUGAGAUGUGUGUCCUUGUGGAGUGACUGGUGGUGUUGAGAUGUGUCCUUGUGGAGUGACUGCUGGUGUUGAGAUGUGUGUCCUUGUGGAGUGACUGGUGGUGUUGAGAUGUGUGUCCUUGUGGAGUGACUGGUGGUGUUGAGAUGCGUGUCCUUGUGGAGUGACUGGUGGUGUUGAGAUGUGUGUCCUUGUGAAGUAACUCUGGUGUUGAGAUGUGCGCUCCUUGAGUAACUGGUGUUGAGAUGCGUGUCUUUGUGAAGUAACUGCUGGUGAUAAGAUGUGUUUCCUGUGGAAAGUUUUCAAUUUUCUCAGUUCUUUCUCUACUAAUGUUGUUCAAUUUGUUAUGUUUUCUUUUGUAUUGCUUUGCCGCUCAUUUAUCCAAGGGAAAAAAAAAACCUAAUUCAAAUCAUUUGGUAUUUUAUUCAGAAUCCAACAUCACCUAAACGUAUUAGAAUUUAAUUAGAAUCUAAGAAAGACAUUUGUAUUCUAUUUUCAACUGUUGAAUUUUAUCCCAGAAAAAUAUAAAUAAAAAAAUAUAAAAUGUUAUGGAGAGGAAAGGUACUAUGCAUAUUGAGUCUGAUGUUAUCUUUGUGUACCGGUAUGUUCCGUGAGACCAGACGACAUAGAUGUAAAUAAUUUUCCUUGCUGUACAUAUUUCACGUGUAAUUCAUAUGACAUUAUAAAUAUAUAUAUUACAUCAUUUAAAAACCCGA